CUGAAUAAUCAUGUGGUAAAACGUUCUAAAAUGCUUAAACCGAGCUUUAUCAUUUUAGAUUCUGGAUUCACUCGAAUCCAAAUAAGACACCAAUUCGACAAAACGUCAAAUAGUUACGAAUGAAAUUGUGUUGGUUUGAUUUCGGGUUUGUUGUUAAACUUUUCAACCAGUAGAUGUCACCAUGAUAUAGCCUACUUCGACAUUAAUGAGCCACUUAGAAAGAUUAAUCUCGUUCACUAUAGCCUACUGUAUAUAAUCCUGCAGGAACCCUCCCAAAAAACUCAAAUUGCCUACCAUUGUUUGUUUGGUUUUUGUAUGUUUCCAUGUCUUACCUUCCUGCAGCCAACCUCGCAGCAUACAAAUGAAGAUGUUUUCAUAUUGUUCUGAAACAACACGCACAGUUAUCUGAUCAUGUCUAGGGAGCGAAAUGAAUCAAUAAUGGGUGCAGUGUGACUUGUUGCCCCCUAGUGACGCGACUUAGUUCGGAUUUACGCCUGACGUCACGUCUUGUGCAUCAGACAGCUCUCUCAGCCCCUGUGUUUACCCCCCUCUCCAUCUCCUCACUCUGGACUGAAGUUGCGGGGCAGCCGGGAGCGGGCAGUACCUUUUCUCUCUUCUCUCUUUUCUCUCAAGAAAUCUUCUCUUCAAGGCAACCUGUAUGGUGGAUAUAAUAUUCAGCUCUUCUUUUUUGAAUGAUAUGGGGGAUCAUUCCAAAACCUACUGAUUCUGCAGCAUCUGCCCUCAUAGCUGUCUUGAUUUUUUCACUAGCCGAAUAGAAGUCCGGACUUGCGAUGUGUGUAGGCUGCGGCAGUCAAAUCCAUGACCAGUACAUCCUGCGGGUCUCCCCCGACCUGGAGUGGCACGCAGCCUGUUUGAAGUGUGUGGAGUGCAACCAAUACCUGGACGAGACAUGCACUUGCUUCGUACGGGACGGGAAAACAUAUUGCAAGAGAGAUUAUGUAAGAUUGUUCGGUAUAAAAUGCGCAAAAUGCACUUUGGGCUUUAGCAGCAGUGAUUUGGUCAUGAGAGCUCGGGACAGUGUGUAUCACAUCGAAUGUUUCCGCUGCUCGGUGUGUAGCCGGCAGCUUUUGCCUGGGGAUGAGUUCUCUGUCCGGGACGAGGAGCUGCUGUGUCGAGCAGAUCAUGGUUUGGCUCUGGAGCGCGGGUCAGGCGGCAGCCCUCUUAGUCCGGGAAACAUCCACAGCAGAGGAUUACAUAUGGCAGCUGACCCGGUGUCGGUCCGACAAACUCCUCAUCGGAACCACAUGCACAAACAAUCGGAGAAGACCACUCGGGUGAGGACGGUGUUAAACGAGAAGCAGCUACACACUUUACGGACGUGCUACAACGCAAACCCGCGACCAGAUGCGCUCAUGAAGGAGCAGCUGGUGGAGAUGACAGGCCUGAGCCCGCGGGUCAUUCGAGUUUGGUUCCAAAACAAGCGCUGCAAGGAUAAGAAGAGAUCUAUACUCAUGAAACAGUUACAACAACAGCAACACGGCGAUAAGACGAAUCUGCAGGGUAUGACGGGCACUGCGCUGGUUGCAGGCAGCCCAAUAAGACACAACCCUUCAGUGCCAGGACACCCGGUGGAUGUGCAGACUUACCAACCACCCUGGAAAGCUCUCAGCGAAUUUGCACUUCAGAGUGACUUAGAUCAACCUGCAUUUCAACAGCUGGUGUCUUUCUCGGAAUCCGGAUCUUUAGGAAAUUCAUCGGGCAGCGACGUGACCUCUCUUUCUUCACAGUUACCGGACACACCGAACAGCAUGGUACCGAGCCCGGUGGAGACGUGAGGGCGACUGCUCGUCUGUUCCCCGGCUAAUCAGGAGAACGGCUCAUGUCACGGACGCGGAAACUCCGUUAGCAUCACCGGACAGCGCUAUCAGACGUAUUGCAACAACCUGCACUUGGAACAGAGGAGCCUUUUUCCCAAAAUACGUCACUAAAUCCGUUGUGGGCCUGGGAGUGACAUGAUGGAAAGUGAAACUCUGCAUAGUAGACCUACACUAAAAGAAUGGACCAUGUUCACUCGAAAUGGAUAUUCGUUAUUCGUUAUGAUGACCGAUUCGUUAUCGUUUCUGGACAUUUUUUUUUUUCUUUUUUUUAAAAAAAAGACUCAAUUUCAGAAGUUGGGAAUUUUGUUUUUCGUUGUGAAAUUUAAUGCAGACCAUUUGUGUCUUUGAACAAAAUUAAGUUAUUGUUAUUUAUUGUCACCACAAUUCGCAAAAAAAUAAAUAAAUCAGCACAGACAAUUAUUUUAUUUAUAUUUGCAGUUACAUGCCUGUAGCUGGUCCAGUGAAAAUGUUUAAUUUGUACAGAAAAAGAGAGAAUUAAACAGACAUUGCUAAUAAUAUGAGUAAUAAUAAUAAUCAUGAUAUUUUUAUGCAAUAAUUUUAGAUUGUAAUUAUUAGGCUACAAAAAAUAUACGGAUAAAACGCCGUUUCUUAACGUUGCACUGUUACUUUUAUAAAACGUAAUUUGUUUUAGCAGAAAAAUACAUAAAACGGCUACACAUAUUUGUUCAAAUCAACUAAUAUAUAGGCUAGCAUACAUGGCUAUAUGAUAAAUUGCAUAAGCUUUGCCGAAUAGUGAACCUUGGAGGUGCCAAACUUAUAAAAGUAAAUCUUGAAUUUUAUUCUUUUAUAUCUUAAAACUAGAUUGAUGGCUAGAUUGAUGGGUUAUGGUUGAGAGCGAUGUAGCCUAAUAUGAUGUUGCUUUUUCGUGGUCAAAUCGCUAAAAUGAUUAGUUCUUUUUUUUUUUUUUUUCUUCUUUUCUUUUUUGUGGCAAAUUCACGUGUCAAUACAAAUAUUCCGUAGUCUAUCAGUUGAGCUUUCAUAUGCUUGUGCCAUCACAACAACAAAUAAUACAUUCACAUUCACAGACGCGGGGCGUAAAUUGCGCAAAUUCUCCAAACCACUAAGAACAGUUCGCACAGGAAAUUGAACUAAAUGAAAUUGCUAAUUAUUUAUGCCAAUUAAAUUAUUUUGUUAUUCGUUAACAAUCCCUAUUUUAAAAGCCAUUCACGUGAAUUAGCCUAAAAGCUGAACGCUGUUAGCUUAGUGGAAACACGGUGAUUUUAUUGAUUCACUAAUUGUGAGGGCUUACCAGUUUUCAAAUAUGUCUGCAAAUUUCAAGGUCAACAAGACUUUUUCCUAAAAUAAGGGCUAUGAUAAGUGUUAUCACGAAAGAAAUAGACUACAGCCAAUUAAAAUUUCUUAAAAAGA